UUCUUUGACACACUCCGCCGGCCGACAUGCACGUCACAGAGGCGGUGUGCCGCGGGGCGGGGUAAGUGACGCAAGGCCUCGUCUCCUCAUAUAACCCAUCCGCUCUUACGCUCGUACUCGUGUAAGAAGCUCGUCUUCUCUCGAUCCCGUUCAUCUCUUCCAUAUUCCAUACCAGCCUCUUCGUCUUCUCUUCAUUUCCCUUUCGACAGCACUCGCUCUCCUUUGUCUUACUCUAUCGUAUUUCCUUCCUCCUUCCGCUCUCAUGAAGGUCACUGUCGCUUCCGUCUUGGCCGCCACCGCGGGAGUGGCAACUUUUGCUGGGCCAACUUCCGCGUUCGUGCUACCGUCCGGAGCUCGUGGUUUUCCCAAGCUUCCUGAGAAGGUAGACUUCGCUUCCAAGCGCGAUGCAGGCUCGCUGCGCUUGCCACUUACUCAUCACCGAAGAUUCAACAUUGAUAGCCCCGAUGGAGUCUUGAAGUUCGCUCAGCGCCAAAAGGGUUAUGUCGAGCACAAGUACGGCGCUAGGAGCGGGGAUGUCACCAAGAGACAGCAGGCAGCGCUCACCGACGUUGGACCAGACUCCUUCUAUGUAGCUGAAGUUCCGGUAGGGACACCCGCUCAGACCUUCGACCUUGUACUGGACACCGGGUCCAGUGACAUGUGGAUCGCCUCUUCGGCUUGCACACAGACUGUGUGUCAGCAGGUGACUCUCUACAACGCGGCAGAUUCCUCAACUAAUGUCGCAUCGCAGACACCAUUCUCUAUUCAAUAUGGAAGCGGUUCAGUCACGGGAACCCUGUUUGCGGAUACGAUGUCUCUCGGCGGUCACACAGUGUACAACGCUACUAUGGCCGCUGUGACAGAUGUGGAAAGCGGCGCCAUCAAUUCGCCAGCUUCCGGCAUCAUAGGAAUGGGGUUCCAGCAGCUGGCAACAUCCGGCGCCACACCGUUCUGGGAGGUGCUUGCGAAGAGCAACGUCUUGUCCGUGCCUGCCUUCACCUUCCAGCUGGCCAGAAAUCAGGACGUCUCUACUGCUACCACUCAGUCAGCGGGGGGGAUCUUCACCCUGGGUGAGAUCGACAGCUCACAGUACACCGGCGAUAUCACCUACAUUGAUAUCCCCUCAACCACAAUCGGCGACAGAGGCUACUGGGCCAUUUACAUGGACAGUAUUACCGUCGCCGGAAAGGUCGUAUCCACAGCAAACCAAUACGCAGCCAUUGAUACAGGAACAACGCUCAUUGCGGGUAACCCCGAUGCUGUUGCAAGCAUCUAUGCUGCCGUCCCCGGCGCUCAGACUGUUACACAGAACGGUCAGGACACGGGCUACUAUGCGUAUCCAUGCACAACCACCGUCUCCAUCAGCCUUUCCUUCGGUGGAAAAGAUUUCACUAUGAACUCGGCCGACUUCAACGGUGGAGCGCUUGGAUCUGGCUACUGUCUCGGCGCCAUCUUCGAGAUCGACCUUUCCACAACUGGUCUCGACUGGGUCGUCGGCGAUGCUUUCUUGAAGAACGUCUUCUCUGUCUUUGAAUUCGAGCCCGCCCGAGUCGGUUUCGCAAGUCUAGUUGGCGGCACCGCCCAGGAAGUGGCUGCGAUUGAGACUGGCGCAGCGGCCGCUACUGGCUCUGCGACCCCUGCCGCUGACGUUGGCACCUCGACCGUUGUGCUUCCUACGGCCUCCGGUGCUGCCAGCUCCGCUGGCAUCGUCGGAGGCUCUGGUCUCCCUACGCCUGUGGCAUCGAGCGGUACGGCAGCAGCUGUAGCUUCGUCUCCUUCUUCCGUUGCUUCGACGACAGCGCCAGCAGCGGCAGAUACAGUUGCCGUGACAUCGAUUGUAUCAGCGAGCACGAUCGCCUUGUCCUCAGCAGGCGGAGAAAGCACAAUCAUCGCAGCAUCGACUCCAGCACGCACCUCGACUGCCGCUGCAAGUACUGGCGCAAGCUCGAGCAGCUCAUCUGCCUCAAGCAUCUCGAAUGCAGGCUUUGGUGUUCUAUUCUCCUGCGUCUGUGCCAUUGCUGCUGGCGCGUUCCUUGCAGUCUAGGCAGGCUUCGAUCCUGCGCCCAGCAUCGUCCAUACCUUGCCCACAAAAUACCUCAUACCGUAUUCUUGCGUUGUUCCUGCCUGUACAUAGCUAUCUAUGCAGUAAAGCACCUCUGUACCUUACCCCAAUCAAUACGACUCGACAUUCCUCCAUCGCGCGCGU